AUGGAUCCAUAUCAGAAACUCUUAUCCAUCACCAUAAUGACCAGGCAAAUACCAUUGAAUGAGAUAUUGGGUAAAUGCGAUUUGGAUCAGCAAUUGACAUUUAUCUGGGCUGAAACGAUAACCUCCAUGAAAUUACCCCUCAGGAUACCCAUCACGUUGUGGGACAAAUCUGGUCUUUCACCCGAAAGUACUAUAUCUUAUACCGGCAGUCUUAAUCAUUUUCGAACCAACCAUCGUCCUGCUAAAUUGAUUAGAGCUGGCAGUGUCAUUCUGCUAACGGAAAGUCAAAUGAAUGCUCUGACUCAAAAUGGCAAGGAGAAGGUGGGCUGUCAAUUAGCCGUCAUGGUGGGACGGACCAUUGCCGGUCACUACUUAAAGCAAAAAGCAAAGAGGAAAAGUAAGGAAAGCGAUUUAGGAAAAACUAUCAAUUGGAGGAAUGUUAAGAAAAUUUGGAAAAAAAAUAAGAAAAGAAUUGGGAAAAAUUAUGAUAAAUGGAAGGAGGAUAAGAAGGAAGUAAGGAAAGUGCCAAAAAGAAUAUCAAGAAUAGAGAACACUACGAAGUAAAAAUUCAAGAAAAUAAUUAGAAAAAAUUUAGAAUAUUAUCAAUCUAAAAAUUAAGAAUCAAGAAAUUAAGAAUAUGGAAAAUAUUUGAUGGGAAAAUUAGAAAAAAGAAGGAUCAGAAAAUAAGGAAGAAGGAUGUAUAGAAAGGCAAAUUUUUACGUUUACAAUUUUACAGAGUUCUUUGGCACAGAAUUAAAAAAAAAUAGAAAAUAAACAAAACACACUACCAUAACAAAAACUAUUCCUAUUUUUUAACUAAAAAUACCAAAAAAUAGUGGUUUAAAAUGCAGCUUGUAAAAAACUUAAUUAAAGAUCUUUCUGUAGUUAAGCAACUUAAAGGUAUUAACUGGAAUAUUAAACUCCCCUCCCAUUCUUUAAGUAUUCCUUAACCUUAAAUCAAAUUGGCUUCUAUUUCUUUUUAGAUACUUCUUUGCCAUUUUUCGCGCUCUCUCUCUCUCUUUUGGGGAAAUUAGGAAAGUGAGGAAAACAGGACAGGAUGAUGAGAGGAUGUGGCCAGGAGGAGAAAGCAAAGUGGAGAAGGCGAGAAUAGAUCUAAGGAAAGCGACACUCAAUUUGCGAAAUGCAAUAAAUUGAAUGAAAAGUGUGAAAAUGAAGAGGAGUCAUCAGCAUUGGCGACAACACUAACGACCAGAACAGAGAGAGAGAGACAGCAACAGGAGCAAGCGAGAUAGAGCGUGAUAGAGCAGAGCGCUAAGAAAGCCAGAAAAUGUAAAUGAAAAUUAAAGAAAAUUUAAUAAUAAAAACAUCAGCAUAAA